GCCAAGGAGAUCCCAGCUUUCAGGACUCUACCCAUCGACGACCAGAUCUCGCUGCUGAAAGGGGCCACCCUGGAGAUCUGCCAGGUCCAGUUCAACACCGUCUUCAACGCAGAGACCAAUGCCUGGGAGUGCGGGCAGCACUGCUACACCAUCCAGGACGGAGCCCUGGGUGAGGGGCUGAAGAAGCUGCAGCUGCACGAGGCCGAGUACGUCCUGCUCCAGGCCAUGCUGCUCUUCUCGCCAGACCACGCCGGCAUCGCCCAGCGGGACUUCAUCGACCAGUUCCAGGAGAAGGUGGCGCUGACACUCAAGAGCUACAUCGACCACCGGCACCCCAUGCCCGAGGGCAG